AUGGCGAAUUCAAAGCCAAAAAAGUCCUCAAAUCCAGAGUCCAUGGAGCUUAUCAGAAACGAAGUAGCAUCCUACGCUUCUUCAAUUGGCCUCUCUUCUUCUCUCCCAAGCUCCGGCUUCAACGACUCCGAUUUCCGGAAGACCGGAACCCUCAAAGCUCCCAAAACUCCGAAACUCCUUAAAGAUUCCUCUAAACCAGAGGAUUUUCCCCAGAAAACCCAGAAAAGGAGAGAGCAAAAUCAGAAGCCCAAACCCAAAGUUUUCGAGUCUGCGCUCGACCAAAAUAAAGGCUUCGACCGCUUCAAGAACCUUCCAAAGCUUCCUUUGGUGAAAGCGAGUGUACUUGGAGUUUGGUAUGUGGAUGCGGCGGAGUUGGAAGCCAAAGUGUUUGGGAAGGAAGGGAAGAAGAAGCUUGAGGCAAAGAGUGUGGAGGAGUGGAAGGUUGUGGUGGCGAGGAAGAGAGAGGUGGCUGAGAGGCUGAUGGCGCAGUAUGUGCUGGACUACGAGUCUCCAAAGGGCCAGAGUGGGGAUAUUAAGAUGUUAGUUACGACGGCGAAGGCAGGGACGGCUGCAGAUAAAGUUUCAGCCUUCUCGGUGAUGGUCGGAGAGAAUCCAAUUGCGAAUUUGAGAUCGCUUGAUGCACUUUUGGGAAUGGUGGCAUCAAAAGUGGGAAAGCGCCAUGCCCUCACAGGCUUUGAAGCACUAAAGGAGCUGUUUGUUUCAAGUCUAUUACCUGAUCGGAAGCUGAAGACCCUCCUACAGCAGCCACUAAAUCAUCUUCCUGCAACAAAAGAUGGUUACUCCCUUCUACUUUUAUGGUAUUGGGAGGAAUGCUUGAAGCAGAGGUAUGAACGUUUUGUUGUUGCCCUUGAGGAAGCAUCAAGAGAUAUGUUACCGAUACUCAAAGACAAGGCAACGAAGACCAUGUAUGCCCUGCUGAGGGGUAAACCAGAGCAAGAGCGCAGAUUGCUUUCUGCCCUGGUUAACAAAUUGGGGGACCCUGGUGCUAAAGGUGCAUCCUAUGCCGAUUUUCAUUUAUCAAAUUUAUUGACCGACCAUCCAAACAUGAAGGCUGUGGUGAUUGACGAGGUGGAUGCUUUUCUCUUUCGACCUCAUUUGGGAUUACGAGCAAAAUAUCAUGGUGUUAACUUCUUGAGCCAAAUUCGUCUAAGUAAUAGAGGAGAUGGACCAAAGGUGGCCAAACGUUUGCUAGAUGUAUAUUUUGCACUCUUUAAGGUACUGAUUUCUGAGGCAGGUGGUGAUCAAAAGAUUGACAAAAGCAGCAAAGCAGGUGGAAAAACUUCCAGUUCUUUUAAGAAUAAUAAAGCCAAAGAUGCAAUGGAGUCUCAUGUUGAAAUGGAUUCACGGCUGCUGUCAGUUCUCCUAACAGGAGUCAACAGAGCAUUUCCUUAUGUUUCAAGCAUUGAGGCUGAUGAUAUUAUUGAAGUUCAAACACCAAUGCUCUUUCAACUGGUUCAUUCGAACAACUUCAAUAUAGGAGUUCAAGCAUUAAUGCUUCUUGACAAGAUAUCAUCCAAAAAUCAAAUUGUUAGUGACCGGUUUUACCGUGCAUUGUAUUCAAAACUGCUACUUCCAGCUGCCAUGAAUUCUUCCAAGGCAAAAAUGUUUAUUGGACUACUUUUGAGGGCUAUGAAAAAUGAUGUAAAUUUAAAGCGUGUUGCGGCCUUUGCCAAGCGUAUAUUGCAGAUGGCACUUCAGCAGCCUCCGCAAUAUGCCUGUGGAUGCUUAUUUCUGCUUUCUGAAGUUCUUAGAGCUAGGCCACCCCUAUGGAACGCAGUGCUUCAGAACGAGUCAGUUGAUGACGAGCUUGAACAUUUUGAAGACAUUGUAGAAGAGACUGAGAAUGAACCCAGCACUGUAAAAGAAACUGAGGAUAAAGGGAACACUGUAUUGGAGAAACGAGAAAGUACUAGGGAAUUAAUUAAUAGUAGUGAAAACAUGAAAUCUGAUGGUGACUCCUCAGAGGAUGAAGAUGACUCUCCAGCCUCUGAUUUGGAAUCUGAUGUUUCUGAUGAAGGAGAAGACUUGCUCAUAGAAAAUGAUUUGGAAAAUCUCCAAGAAUCCAAAACAUUUUCUGAUCAUAAUGGGAACCAAUCUCAAGUCUCUGUUACAAAGCCUCGUCUGCCUGGAGGCUAUGAUCCAAGGCACCGGGAACCUUCUUACUGCAAUGCAGAUCGUGUGAGCUGGUGGGAGCUGACGGUACUUGCAUCACAUGUGCAUCCAUCUGUUGCUACCAUGGCUAGGACAAUCCUUUCUGGAGCCAACAUAGUCUACAAUGGAAAUCCAUUAAAUGACCUAUCACUUAGUGCUUUUCUGGACAAGUUAAUGGAGAAGAAACCAAAGGCAAGCACAUGGCAUGGUGGUUCUACAAUUGAACCUGCCAAGAAGCUGGACAUGAAUCAUCAUCUGAUUGGAGCGGAGAUUCUCUCAUUGGCUGAAAUGGAUGUACCCCCAGAAGAUCUUGUUUUCCACAAGUUCUAUGCAAAUAAAGUGACCUCCUCAAAGAAGCCAAAGAAGAAAAAGAAGAAAGGGGCAGAGGAUGAGGCAGCUGAAGAGUUUCUUGAUGCCGAUGGUAGUAAUGGGAGUGAUGAUGAACAGGUUGAGGUGGAUGGUGGCGACGAGAGUGAUAAUGAAGAGAUUGAGAACAUGUUGGACACAGCUGAUCCUUCUCUGGAAUCAAAUAGUGAUUAUGAUUAUGAUGAUUUGGACCAAGUUGCGGGUGAUGAUGAUGAUGACUUAGUGGGGAAUGUCAGUGACGCUGAGAUGGACAUCCCUCCAGACAUGGCUGAGGGGGAAGAUGAUGAAGACUUGGUUGGUAAUGACAACAAUGGUGAAAAUAGCGAAGAUGAUAUUGAUUUUGGGGAUGCAAGUGAUGAUGGUAAUCAACUCAACAGUAAGAAAAGAAAACAAAGGAAGUCUGGUGGGAAGACUGGAAAGUCCCCUUUUGCCAGCCUUGAAGAUUAUGAGCAUCUGUUAAAUGAAGAAACUCCUGCAGACAAGAAGCCCAAAUCAAGAAAAAGAUCUACAGAAAAGAAGUCCAAGUCGCGGAAGAAGAGAAAAUCAACCAGUUGAGUUCCAUUCCAUAACUUUCCCAAGCCGCCAUCCCACAGGAUUGCAGUUGUUGCUGAAGUCUUCCAGAUUCAAGUUUUCAAUUUUGAUUAAUUACCACCCACAUAACAUGGGUCAAAAGUCAGUGGUCUAGGCCUCUCAUAGUUCUUAAAAUAUCGCCUCUGAGUUAUAUUUGUUCCAUUGCUACAAUGUAUGAUAGCGUAUCAGUUUUUAUAAUUUAGUUGAUUAAUCUUAUCAA